AUGAUAGACACUUUGGCUAAAGUCUUUGGUCUCAAAGAUAUGGGUAAAUUGGCUUACUUUUUGGGACUUCAAGUAGAAUAUAAGUCCAAUGGUGAUAUAUUUGUUAAUCAUGCUGAGUAUGUGAAGGAUUUUAUACAUAAGGCUGGGAUGGAUGACAGCAAGCCUUGUUCAAAACCUUGUAAACCUAACAACCAAGUUCUUAACACUGAGGGUAUUCUUCUUCUUGAUCCAACACAAUAUCAAAGUUUGGUUAGAGCAUUGCAAUAUCUAACCUUCACUAGGCCAGAUAUUGCAUUUGCUGUCAACACUGUUUGUAAGUACAUGAAUUCACCCACAUAUGUCCAUUUUGGCAUGGUAAAACGCAUUCUGCAGUUUUUGCAAAGGACUCUCAAUUGUGGUCUCACACAUGCAUCAGGAACUUCAAUGACAAUGAAUGUUUUCAGUGACUCAAAUUGGGCUGCUGAUUUGAACACGAGACGGUCAAUUGCAGGAUAUGUGGUUUAUUUGGGGACAAUCCUAUCUCUUGGCAAUCCAAGAAGCGAGCUUCUGUUUCAAGGAGCUACUGAGGCAGAGUAUCAAGCUCUUGCUCAUACAGUUGCUGAUAUAGCAUAG